UACGAUGGGGCUGGCACAACAUCCGAACCAGAACUUGUUGAGUCCUACAAUUGCGACCCGGAAAACUUAUUUUUGUUUCCUCUUUCAAUAAAUGGUUAGUCAUCCUUAUAGCAACUGUUUCCGUCUUCGCUGUUACACUCACCUCCUCAAGCUAUGCCGGCUAUGCGGACGAAGUCCUGGCGGACUUACAAUGUAGGAAAGAGCUCUUUUCUCCCGGUAUGUCGUUAGUCGUCCUGGGCUUCGCCAUCGGACUCGUGUUGUGGGCGCCACUUUCCGAGAUAUACUGCAGAAGAAUGUUUUUCGUGACGACACAUGCGUGCAUGGUUGCCUUCGUGGACGCUUCUGCUGGGGCCGGCUUCAUGCCUGCCGUAUUGGUGUUCAGGUUUAUGGCCGGAAUGUUUGGCGAGUUGCCUCCCGCAAACUCCGGUGGUGUCAUCGCUGAAUGUCUCCGGCUGCAGAGCGAGGACUGGCAAUGAUCCGCUCCAAAUAUGGGGCCUGUCCUGGGUCCAAUAAUAGGAGGGUUCAUUCUAUAUAUGCUGGCUGGAGAAGGGUGCAAGGCGUCUGCAGCAUGUCCAUCGGCAUUGUAUGGAUUAUCGCCUCAAUAUUGGUCCCCGGAAUUCAUGGACCCGGUGAUAUUGAACUAGAGAGUAGCCUAAUCUUCGAGGAUAACCGGAAGACUUUGCACAAGCGCUCUGCAGCAAGAUCAUAACACAUCUGCAUCAACUCAAGCCUUUCGAAAAGCCCUGGUGCGGCCCUGACUUCUUCUUCCUUGCGAGCCUAUUGUCCUGAUUGCCGCCAUGCAUUUGGCAAUACUAUACAACACCAUCUACAUACAUGUUCAUUGCCUGCACCAUCUAUCGCGUAUCAGCGAGGACGAGGAAGGGACGAAGGUCUGGGCGGCCGGGCAUUUCUCGACCUGGUCUAUGGCAUGCUGAUCGGGACACUUUAUACCAUUUUUGACGACACAAGAUAUUGACAGGAAACUCGGCAAAUUGGCAACACUCGAGUCGCGGUUGCCAGCCGGAGCAGUCGUUGCCGUUGCGUUACCCAUCGGCCUCUACGCCUUUGCGUGGACGAACUCGACCAGCAAACAUUGGACUGCGAGCAUUAUCCUAUCGGCACCCUUUGGCUUCCGUUGCGUCCCAGGCUUCAUUUCGUUCCUCGACUACUGCAUCGACUCAUACACUAUCUACGCAGCUUCGGUACUUAGGGCCUCAGCAAUGCUCAGGGCGUACUUCGGUAUGGCAUUUCCCCUGUUCACCAGCCAGCCGCACGAAAGACUCGGGAGUCAUUGGUCGAGUUCGAUAUCUGGGCUCUUCACAAUUGCAUGCUUGCCUUUCCCCUUCGUCAUGCUCAGAUGCGGGGAGACUUUGAGGUUGCAGUGCAAAUACGCCCAAGAGGCU